CUGUAAAGUCGGCGGGUUUUUAAUCUGGGUCGUUACGGGUCUGAAAAAAUGUACUUAUUACUGCUGUGAUUAUAAUUUAUCGUCAUUGUCUCCUAAGAAAUCCACAAGAUAAUGGCUAAUAGCCACUCAUUGUGCAGACGAAGACCUUAGUUUUCGGGUCAAUGAAUUGGCGUUAUAAGAAUUUCUGGCAAAUUCAUUCUUAUCAGUUUUAAUCAUUCAAAUAUGUUUAAUCAAACAGCUGUAGACUCAUCUUUGAGUGGAAUUUCUGUGUCGUCAACUGUCGAUCGACCCUUUAAUCCAUUCUCAAAUAGUCUGGAUACACAACCAGGUGCAUUACUUUCUGAACUACUGUCGGAUUGUACACCAUCUGGCGAUUGUCUUAUCUCAGGAAAUUUACAAGCCAAUGAUCAAGACAAUAUUUCAGUAUAUGGUGUUACAUCCUCCAUUAGUAACAAUAACAAUAUGAUUACUGGUGAUACUACAAACGGGAUUUAUAUACCAAUGAAUUCUAAUUCACAUGAUUGUUAUCAGAAGAGUUCUUCAGAGGAGUUGAAAUCCGGUUCUAUUUUCUCAGAUUGUUAUGAAUUAGUUGAAAAUAAUAAUAAUAACAACAGUGUCACUUCUACAAAUAUUAAUAAUACUGAUAAGCAUGAAUCGGAUAUUCAACAUUGUACAAAUUCCUUACCACAGAUUCAGUCUAGUAUUAAAUCCUCUUCAGCAUUAUCAGGAGUAUCGACAACUGGUAAAACUCUGCCAUCAGAGAUAAUAACAACACCUACAACCACAACAUCAUCAACAACAACAACACCAGCGCAUGUACCAGUCCCAACGACUACAACAAAUCAAGCUGCUAUAAUGGCAGCUGCUUUAGCUAAAGCAUCUGCUGAGAAAACAAUGAAUGGACCAUUCUCAUUAACUGAACGUAUUAUUAAUAGUAAUGCUAUCAAUAGUAAUAGUAAUAAUACAUCGGUUAAUAUAACAAUGACAAAUAAUAUUAAUAAAUCACGUAAAGGUUCAUUAACAAUGCCACAUAAUCAUCAAAUACAACAUCCAUCAUUAGAUAAUUAUACAGGGAAUAAUAAUAAUUCAAGUAAAUUAAUUGAUCGAAAAAAUUCGUCUAAUUCUGAAAAACAUUUUCUUGAUCCAACUGGUCCAAAUGAUGAAAGAAGUCCAAAUCGUCUUCAUUCAUCUGAAGAAUUUGAUAGCCUACUCGAUUCAAAUUCAUCUGUAUUAGAUUUCACCUUUUCAGAUGUACAAUAUUGGUGUAGUGUAUUCUAUUAUGAAUUGAAUACACGAGUUGGUGAUGCAUUUCAUGCUGGUCGGCCUACCUUAACAAUAGAUGGUUUCACUGAACCAUGUUAUCGUUCUGAUCGAUUCAGUUUAGGCAGUUUAAGUCAUGUUAAUCGACCAUUACAAGUUGAAAUGACAAGAAGACAUAUUGGUCGUGGAUUAAAACUGCAUCAUAUUGGUAGUGAAGUAUACCUUGAGUGUUUAAGUGAUGCUGCAGUAUUUGUUCAAUCACCAAGCUGUAAUCACUUUCAUAAUUGGCAUCUAGCAACUGUUGUUAAAGUUCCACCGAAGUGUAACUUGAAACUUUUUGAUAGUACAACAUUUGCUAGUCAAUUGGCUGAUUGUAUGUCAAGAAGUUAUGAAUCUGUAUUCGCAUUAACUCAUAUGUGUUCUAUCCGUAUUAGUUUUGUAAAAGGAUGGGGAGCUGAUUAUAGAAGACAAACAAUUACUAGUACACCAUGUUGGAUAGAAGUUCAUUUAAAUGGUCCUUUAAAAUGGCUUGAUCGUGUAUUACGACAAAUGGGUUCACCUACACUUCCGUGUACAUCAGUUAGCUAAUAAGUAAACAAUUAAAAAAAGCCUUUAUAUAAAAAUAAAUAAUAUUCACUUAUAUUAUUACUCAACACUGUGUAUCACCAGUCCCGCCACGACCACCACCAACAGCAACAGCAUCAACAACAAUAACGAUAACAAAACAAGCAAUAGAAUUUACAAAGAGCCAUAUAACAACUGAUCGCAUUCACCUAUUUCUUGUAUAUUAUUAUUAUUAUUAUUAUUGCUAUUGUUAUUAUUACUUUUACUAAAGUAUAAUUGACUUCACUACCUUUUUCAUCUAUAACGGCUGGUAAUUGACAAUCACAUCAAAGUUGUUUAUUUCUAAGUUUUUUGUCUAUUUAUUUGUUUUACCUACCUACCUAUUUACCUUUUUAAUCCAUUUGUCUUUUUGUUUUUGUUUUGUUUUUUUUACUGAUAUUUUCCUUUGUGUUCGUGUUCAACAUUAUUACUGUUCAACGGUGUUAGUUAUUUUAAAUCCUUUUGAGAAUACACACACAAAAAAACAUUUUUUAAAAUAUUUUGUGUGUUUGUGUGUCAGUAUUUUGUUGUUGUUGUUGUCUUUUGACGGAUAUCUACAAAUUAGCAUUUACGCUACACCCUGCUACUACUCCUCAUACUACUACUGAUAUAAUAGUAGUAGUCAUAAUUGUAAUAAGGAUAAUGAUAAUAAGAAACAGUUAAACAGCGUUUUAUCUCUCGAACUACAGGUGGUGAUCAAUGAUGAUGAUUAGAUACACUAUAUUAAAUUAAAAUAAACACUUGCAAAUACCAUAACAAUUUUAUAGAUUUUUUAAAAAUAUACAUAUUUAUAUUCCUUAUUUCCUUACUUACUUUCUUCUCUUUGUGGUACUCUAUAGGAAGGAUUUGAGUAGUGUUCACUGUUGUUGUCCUUCCAAUAAAGUUUAAUUCAGGUGUAGUGUGUGUGUGAGUGUAUCUGUGUGAACACUUACUGAUCUCUCUCUCUCUCGUUUUUCCCCUUGGUGAGUUGUAUUGUGAAUUGUUUUGUUGAUAAGCAAAUUAUCGAUAAGUAAUCCUUCCUUCCUUCCCUUUUCGUUGAUUUUCGUGUGAUAACACAAUAGUUUUAUCUUUUCACUGUGUGUGUGUGUGGAAGACUUCUUUCUCAUUUUAAUUGUACAAAAUAUCCUCUUUAUUCUUUCUUUCUUUCUUCUGUAAUCACUAACUAGGCUUAUUCUUCUGUAUAUCGACUGUCUCUUGCACACGCAUACACAAUCGCGCGUGCAUAUUAUUCGAUAUAAUUGUUGUUAUCUUGCCCAACCAUCCAUCCAUCAUUAUUACUCACUCUGUAUUGUGCAUAUACUUAUAUACAUAUACAUACAUACACAGUUUCUUUUAUUCUUGUGUCAUAAUUGUAAUUUUAGUGAUUAACAACCAACCUAUUUGUUGUUUGUCUAAGUAUAUAUAUAUAAACAACAUCAACACAGUGAAAUCCUCUUGCCUGACUGACUGAGACUGCCUGCUUGCUUGCCUGCCUGUCUAUAUGUUUGUUAUUCUUUUUGACAAAACAAAGUUUAUUGUUAUUAUUAUUAUUAUUACUAUUAUUAUUACUAACUUAUAUCUGAUGAUGAAAACAUUUUAAGAGUAUUUAAAGUAUACCUGUCAUCAUCAUUAUCGUAAUCAUUAUUAUUAUUAUGUUGAUGACGACAGGUGUCAAGUUGUUGAAUUUCUGUCUGUUUGUAUAUUUAUGUGAUGACCAUGAUGAAAAUGAUUA